GACGCCAAAGGAAUCGGUUCUUCGGAGAGCCACGCGAGUCAGUGGUCGGAGAGUUGACAGGCCGGCCCUCCGCGGAGUGAUGCCUGGGGCAGAAGCCCCGUUUUGCCCAGAAGACUCCAGAGUCCGCUCCGCCGGCUGCUGCCCCCGGCGCCAGGCCCAGGCGGCCUUCGCCCCGCCCCCCGUCUCUCAUUGGCUCCCCCGGGACACGUGGGGGAAGGAGGCGUGGCCAUCGCGGCUGGGGCGGGCGGCCUGCGGCCGGCGGGGAUGAGAGGCCCGCGGACUCGGGCCUGGGGCCGCAUGGCAACCGUGGUGCCGGGCUGCUGGCGACGGCGGAGGGCAGAGGAGCUUCAGGUUCCGGGGGACGCGAAACGGGCAUGCAGGAGAGGAGAAGCAGCCGGGCCAGAGUGGGGCCAAGCCCCUGUGAAGCUCAGUGCCCCCGUGUCCUGCAGCGGCGAGGGGCUGCCACGUGUGGGGAUUCCUCAGAACGACGGAAGGAGCUGGGCCCAGCCUUGCCCGAGAUGUAUGGCGGGGGAGUCUGAAAUGAACACCAUCGUGGACCAGCCCGCUGGCAUCGUGAUGUGGUCUUGGAGAGCAGGGCUCCCCUGCCGGCUCCUGCUACUGGGCCACAGAUCCACACCGCUCUUUGCCGGGAUUGUGGCCAAGUGGGACAACGGUUUCUACAUGCUGGACAAGACCUCGUUACACAGUGGCACAGCGUCUGGCCACCUGUCCGCCCCUAGCCAUCUGGUCCUCCCAGUUAUUUCUGCGGGUGAAGGGACAUCUUAACCACACCGAGAACCAUUAAGGAACAAGCUGGAAGGUUCCAGUUUGGGUCUCAAGACGUCCAUGUGCCAACAAGUGUCAAUCUCACAGAUGGACCUGGGCACCCACCUGUUGGAAUCGCCGGUUCAGGAGAUCCCAUCGCCUACUGCGCUAGAGCCAGGAGGACCCCCAUCACCUCAGAGGAGCCUUGGGACUGUUGGCACCUGCUGCACCCUUCAGAUGUAUCUUUCUUGACAAGGAAAUCAUUUGCAUCAUGUAAAAGUUACAGAACAUUUCAGUGUCAAAUUUCCUAUGAAGUUAGAGAACCCUGUGGCUCAUGGAACCAUAUCCAGAUGUAGCUCUGCUUUCAGACUCUCCAGUAGUUUUGUGGAUGUACCCAGGGCUCCUUAUAUGCUCAUUUUUAAUUAAGAGAUUUAUUUUUAUAUUUAAAAUACUCUAUAAUCUUAAACUGAAUUUUACUAAAUGCUGGUGUCCAAUCCGUUCUGUGUAAUUCCCCAAAUGAAGUUAUUGGGCACAGGGCCUCUUUUAUAUUAAAAUGGAAAUUUCUCACUUU